UGCCAAUCUUUUCUAUCAAAUGCAAGAACAUCGAAAUCAAGCUAAUAAAACAACCCAUAGCAAAUAAACCACCAAUAGUCUCGUUUUAGUUUCCAAAAUGAAUAACCUUCUACUUUUCUCCACUUUUUUUCUCUUGGUGUCUAUAUCUCAUGCUAUAGAAGUUGACUUUUGUGUAGCAGAUCGUAAUCUCCCAAGAGGACCAGAAGGAUAUGCUUGUAGAGAUCCUGCUACUCUAACCACGGAUGAUUUUGUUUACACCGGUUUCCGUGGUGGUAGAACAAUCACUAACGUACCCAGAAAUAAUGUAACUCUAGCAUUCGUGGAUCAGUUCCCAGCUUUAAAUGGUUUAGGUAUAUCUAUGGCACGGUUAGACUUUGGCAUCGGUGGAGUUAUACCAGUACACUCACACCGAACAUCUGAAGUUUUAAUUGUUUCAAGGGGGUCUAUAAUUGCAGGAUUUAUCGACACAAACAACACUGCAUACUACAGAAGACUAGAGGUUGGAGAUGUUAUGAUUUUUCCACAAGCCAUGCUGCAUUUCCAAGUUAAUGUUGGAGCAACCCCAGCUACCGCAUUCGUUAGUUUGAAUGGCGCAAACCCAGCAAUUCAAUUCACUAUGAAUUCUUUAUUUGGUGGUAACUUACCUGCUGAUGUAGCUCAACAAAUUACGCUUUUAAGUAAUGCAGAGAUAAUGAGGAUGAAGAGGGCAUUCGGCACUGCUUAAAUUCCUUUUUGAAGAUCCAAUUCUAUUUAUUUAAUAUUGCGCCGUAUAAAUAUUACAUUUCAGAGAGCGUGUGUGUGAGCUUAUUUCUUUUUCAUAUACAUUUCAGAGAGCGUGUGUGUGAGCGUAUUUCUUUUUCAUAUUUAACCUUAAGAGUUUGUAAAAAUUCAUCUUUUCGUACAUUCAUCAUUUAAUAAAAUGAUUACAUCUAUUUAAUUCUA